GCCUUAUUAUAAUAGUUGAUAUAUUGCAAAGGAGCAAAGCGUCGCCUACGCAGCUCCGCACUUGCUCAUUUUAAGUUCGCGCGGCAUAACGAACGAGCGUACGCGACAAAUACUUGGUGAUCAGAAAAGUAAAGAAAUAUUUAGCCGAAAAUACAAGUUACAGUAUAAUGCAGUCAGCAAAUAUUCUGCUUACUGUGAGUACAACAUUGGGGACCGGCAAUGAAAAAUGUGAAGACGAUCUUAUGAGCCCCACACCCGGGGACUACAUGGCGGUCGCGGCUCGGGAGCUACGGGAAACAUCAUCAACUAAAGAACAGGCCCUCAAUAUCAUGAGGGAAUGGAUACAGAAGAAUCAUGACAUAAGAAACGUUAGACAAGACGACAACUUUUUAUUACGUUUUCUUCGUUAUAAGAAAUACAGUAUUCCAAUGGCUCAACAGACAUUGUUAAAAUAUCUAAGUUUAAGGAAAUACUAUCCAGAGUGUUUCACCAACCUCGACUAUGAAGAGCCUAAUGUUGCUGAAAUAUUGAACAGUGGAUACAUUGUGGUAUCACCAGUUCGUGAUAACAAGGGGCGACGUGUCAUCGUUUAUAACAUAAGUAAGUUCAACGCUAACAAAUUCACAUGCUGGGAUAUGUGCCGCGUGCAUAUAGUCGUAUAUGAGAGCCUGUUGGACGACCCGGUAGAUCAAAUAAUGGGUUUCACACACGUUGGAGAAGGUACAGGAGUAACCGCUGCUCACGUCACCGCCUGGAACCCAUCUGACUUCGGUAGAAUGUUGAAGUGGGGAGAGCAAUCACUUCCGAUGCGACAGAAGGAUUUCCACCUCGUCAAUAUCCCGCCCGCACUUAAAUAUAUUAUCGAUUUUGCAGUAAGCAAAGUAUCAACUAAAAUGGCACAAAGACUUAAUAUUCAUACGAACCUUAAACAGCUGCAUAAAAAUUUGAAUGUCGCUUGUUUACCUACGUCUUACGGUGGUCCUUUGCAACUUCAAGACAUGAUCUCUUACACAAGACAACUGCUCUCAUAUCAGAAGAAGAAACUUCUAGCUUUGGACGACAUGGAGAUAUUAAGCACCAGAGGGAUUACUUCUUCCAGAAACAGGCCCAUUAUCAAGGAUGGUACUGUUUCAAUAGAAGGAAGCUUUAGAAAAUUAGAUAUAGAUUAAUUAAGUUAAAAACUUUAGAGUAUUAAUUUUAAUGUAUAAUAAUAGAUUAAGAAUAAUUUUUAAGAAAACAGUUACUUUUCUCAAUUUAUAAGACGACUUGAUUUAAAUCUAAAAAGUUUGU